AUGGUGUUUUCACAAGCGAGGCUGGGCAUGGCGCUCCGACUUUUUGGACGGUGCUCGCACGGGGUGCACCAGGCUUUGCUGCGGCGAGGCUCCGACCGACUGGUGGCGAGGCUGGAGGGGAACAGCGCGAAGCCACCGACCGGGGGAGCCACCGCCUCCUGGAGGCCCUCGGAGCUGCUGGCGGACGAGGCGGCCCAGGCCAGGCGAAUUCCGGUCGGCUCCCCGGUGGUGGCAUCCUUUGGCCAGCAGCAGCUCUGGGAGGAAGCCUUGCAACUGGUCCGCGGACUGCGAGAUGCCCAAACUCAAGUGAGCUUGGACUGCCACGAGGCGCUGCAGCAGGCGCUUCACCGAUCAUGGCCGCAGUGCCUCUCGCUUCUCCGUCAACGAGCUUGCUGGGGCAUCGACGAGUCGAUGGGAGCGAUCCUGCAAACGAGCACGGCUCUGAGGAAGGGUCGGCUGGACAGCUGGACAUGGUCCCUCCGCUUGCUGGGCUUGGCCCGCGACCAGAAGAAUCUGGACAGCAAGCCGAACUCACGGAGGCGCUGGGACACGAAACCUGCGCAUCGUGCUUGGGAGCUUUAUUGGGCCGUGUGUACCAAUACCUUCCAAGACCUUGCGGCCGCAGGCAACUGGAGGUGGGCCAUCCAUCUUCUGGGCGAGUUCCUCCAGGACUCACCCCCUUGGGAGUCUGAGGACUUCUUCCGUCUCAGGGAGGAGUUACUGGACUUGGUGGUGAUGUCCUGUGGAGCAGCAGGGCGGUGGAGGAUGGCCUUGAGCAUCUUCAGGAAGAUGAGGUUCAUCCAGGUGGUUCCUGGGCAGCUGGCAUAUCAACAGGUUGUGAACGCCUGUAGAGAGGCGGGCGCCUCCACGAUCGCCGACGAGCUGCGCGAGGAGAUGCGCCUCUGCGCCGGACAUGUCGAGCACGGCUUGUCCAUCAGUCCGGGCUUGGAAAAGAGCUACCUACGCCAAUGCGAACAGGUGGGCGAUUGGCAAAGGGCGCUGCAAGUGCUAGGCGAGAUGCAGUGGUAUGCGAAGGAGAUGGACGAGAUCGCGUGCGGCACCGCGGCUGCUGCCUGUGCAAAUGCGGCGGCUUGGGAGGCAGCUCUCGCGCUGCAGAGCACGGAAGCUCAGCACUUGGCUCCAGUCUUUAGUUUAGUCUUCGUCGAGCCAUGCUGGCCAGUGGCCACAGGCAUAGAAGGGAUUUAUGCAGUGCAAGCGCUGAGACGACGAAACUGCUGGGACGAAGCUCUGCACGUGGUGGAAGGCCUCAUAGGACACGCUGCGGCUCCGGUCCCGCGGGAGCGACUGGUCAUGCUGGGGCUCAGCCUCGCCCACGAGUCGGCGCGGUGGGAGCAUGCUCUGCAUUUGCAGGACCUGAGCACGCGAGCUCACCCUGGCGGAGGCUGGGUUUCUGGGCCCCUCGCCGAGCUGCUCCUCGCGGCAGGGCGCUGGAAGCACGCCUUGCAGGUGACGGGCACCCAGCUGGAUCUUCGAGUGCGCGCCGCGGCGGCAGGGCGGCUCUGGCAGGCGGCGUAUCAUCUGGUCGGGGGAGGCCUCCUGGAAAGCAUGCAGGAGCACCGAGUGUCAGGGUCAAGCAGAACCAUCCCUCCAUCGAGCCUUUCGUCGGUGCUGCGGUUGCACGCCUCUUCAGCAAUUGGGUUGUCGCAGCAGGCGAUGAACAUGGCUGUCGAUGCGGUGGCACAGAAGCAUCGCUGGCAGCAGGCGCUACAGCUACUUGAAGCAGCAAAGUUGCUGCAGAGGUUGGACAUCAUCACGCUCAACACCUGCCUCACGGCUGCUGCACGUGCAGAGAGCUGGCAGCAGGCCUUGGCACUGCUUGCAGAAGGCCGUAGCGCAAGACUGCCACUGAGCAGUGUGACGCUGGGUGCUGGCAUUGAUGCUGCGCAGCGUGGUUCUGCAUGGCAGCUGGCGGUUGGAAUGCUCAGCGAGGAAGGCGAGCUCGCAAAUGACGUAGCCAUCAAUGCUGCAGCUGGAGCAGCAGCUACAGCUGCGUGUUGGGAGAUUGCGCUGGACCUCUUGCAAGAUCAUCACUUUCUGCACAAUCGUCCAGAUGUUGUGGCUUGCACCGUUGCCGUGGCAGCCUGCAGCGCGGCCUCGCGCUGGGAACAUGCCCUUUCGCUGCUGAGUUGGUAUCGUGCCAGAGGAGUCCAGCCUGACCUGGUCACGCUCCAGCAGAUCCACUUCUCUUGUGAUGUCGGCAUGGUGCCUCUGGAUCAGGGAUGGAUUCCCGUUCAGUACAGGAAGAACUUACGGAGAGUGUCUUCGAGGCUCUUGUCUGCUGGAGAUGACUGGGCACAGCGUCGCCAGAAGGGUGCGAGUCUGGCAGUUGUGGCAGCUCAAGCUCUUGAGCAGCAGGCGUCCUUGUCCAGUGAGGACGCGCGGUGCGUGGCCCGUGUCCUCCGGCGCCCAGUCUUGGCCGUUCUGCAAAGGCCUGGCUCCCUCGCUCCUGACGGCAACUCCAGCGCUGAGGAGGGUGCUGGGUCCGAGCGUGAGCUAUGGCGUGCAGCCGUGGCGCUCUUCGCGUCGCUUUGUGACGACGGCGUGGAGCCAACAGUCGAGCAGGUGAACCUGGCCAUCGAGAUCUGCAAGGAGGCUCGUGUCAUUCGGCCGAUGUUCGAGAUGUACAAGUCUGCACGGAGGCUAACCAGCUUCCGUCCAGACCAUGAGACGUUCGAGAACCUGGCAAGUGGCGCUACGCUGGCACCCGGCCAAUACUGGUGGCACUGCCUUCGUUUCAUGGAGGAGGCCCAGGUCGUGCUUCCUCGGAAGCUGCUGACGAGUUCCACAACGAAGACCAUCAAGGCUUGCUCGGACGCGUCGGCAUGGGGAGCAGCGCUUUUCCACCUUCGCCACGAGAUGGACCUGGCAACAUUAACUAUCCCUGGCAGACAUGCCCGGCUGCCGGAGCUUCUUCGGGAGCGCCUCGAGGACCUUCGGCUUGGCAACGCUCCGGAAAGAAGCGAAGGUGGCUACAAGGCAAGGGGCUGGGCCGAUCACUGGGACUUCCAGCGCCAGGUGCCAGUGCGACGUGUUGGCAAGCUCCGUCCGGCAGUUCCAGGUGUGCCUCUGCCCGCCUUUCAGGACAAGGUGGCAGAGUUUUUCAGCGCGUCACGUGCGCAAGAGAUGGGAAACGUACCCGGCCUGUCUGAGGAGCUAGAGACGAGCUACAGGAACCUGUGGCAGCGGGGCUCGCGGCCGAAGGCGGAAAGCCAGGAGCUUCUUGGCCUUGAACGUCUCAGCUCGGUGCGCUGUGGGCUUCGAGAGGAGACUCUCCAAGCUUUCCGCCGACAUCGUUACAAGUCGCUGCUGGGGCUCCAGCUGCUUCGAGGCUUUCGCCGCCGCCGGGCCCUUGAAGCCUCCUGGCUCCUGCGUUCCGAUGUGCUUCUGGAAAGGCAGGGCAGCCUGGGCCCAGGCACGCCGGAGGCCCUUCAGCUCGUGAAACUCAGCAGCGACGCCUCGAUCACCGUUCGACCGCACAGGAGAACUCGCCUGCGACAGCGAUCCAAGCGUGGGACUUCCAGGAUCUCCCGCUCCAGGAGGUGCCCCUCCGCUGCUUGGAAGGGACGGCUUCAAGUACGUCGAGCAGAAAAAGAGGAAGGCGGUGGAGACUGUGCAGAAAUCAUCCAGGCCAAAGCAGCCUGGGUGAGCUAUCGCCUCCUGGUGGAUCGCAGCAGAUGCCUUGAGUCGGAGGUUCCCCGGCCACGACGAGCAGAGGAGAUUCAGCCUUUGUUGCCGGGCCAGAUCUGGACCGAGGAGGUCGUCUCUGCGGGCCGGCACAUGGGAGAGGGUGGCGGCGGCUCUAGCAUGUACCUGCCCUCCAUGAAGAUUCUGCCCGAUCGUGCCGAACAUGCAGAGCGCGUGGCCCUGGCCUCGGUGCUCAAUCGCCUCGGCGAUGCCAAGAAGAUCCGGGGGGUCAUACGACUCUACACAUCGGCUGCCCUUUGCAUCUCCUGCUUGGCGGCUUUCUGCCACUGCAAACGACUCCUCACGUCGCUGUUUUUCGAGAUCAGCUGUGACUCCGCCGAUGAGUCGCAGCGGUGGUCGGACAUAGCAACGGGUGGAGAAGAAACGCUGGCCUGGCAGGCCUGGAAGACCCGGCGGAGCGACAAAAUGGCCGAUCACUCGCCGCCGCCCUUGGCCUCGCCAGCCAUGAAGUAUAUGACAUCCCCCACUAAGCAUAUCCAUCGAGAGUCGCAGCCGAGCUACAGCCCGACGAGCAAGGUGUCAGCCGAAGCGUCCUUGACAACGAACGAGGCGGAUUUGUCCAAGCUGCCGGGCAUUGGACAGGGCAUGGACAAGAACGAGUUCUUGGACCUGCUCAGAAAGCUCCUUGCAGAAUCCAAGCAUCUGCAGAACAACCCGCGUCUGGGCAUCCAUCCGGAGGAGAAGCGCGCAGCAAACGUCGUCAUCAAAGAGCUGGAGGCAGUCUCUACGCGUGCUGGUGGCCCCCUGAUCGUGGAGGAGCUGGAGUACGUUCCCGGCAGAUCCAACCUCAAGGUGACCUAUCCGGGCUCUGGUAAGGAAACAACUUCGUUUGUGGGCAGCCACUUUGAUGUUGUCCCUGCAGAUCCGGAGGCGUGGUCCAAGGACCCCUUUCAGCUGACCGUAGAGGGAGACCUGCUCUAUGGCAGAGGAACCACCGACUGCCUAGGCCAUGUCGCGCUCCUGACCCUUUUCCUCCGCGAGCUUGGUCGCACAAAGCCAGCGUUGAAGCGAAGCAUCGUGGUUGUCUUCAUUGCUGCUGAAGAGGGCGGCGAAAAGAAUAUUGGAGUGGAUGCAGUGCUCAAGAACGGCAAGUUGGAGGAGGCCAAGAAUGGUCCGGUAUAUUGGGUCGACUCUGCAGAUUCCAACCCUUGCUGCGGCACUGCCGGAGCAUUGUCCUGGUCGCUGAAGUGUCGAGGGCGCUUGUUUCACAGCGGCUUCCCCAACAAGGCCAUCAAUUCCAUUGAGCUUGCCAACGAGGCCAUCGCGUUCAUCCAGGAGCGUUUCUACAACGACUUCAAGCCACUUCCCGAGGAGGAGCUUUACUCCUUCGUUACGGGGUCUCACAUGAAGCCGACUCAGAUCGAGUGCAGCAAGGGCUCCUUCAACCAAAUCCCCGCGGAGACUACUGUCCACGGCGAUAUCAGGUUGUCUCCUUUCUACGAGGUCGAGGACGUUGUUGAACACAUCGAGCGGUACGUCCAGGAGCUGAACGACGACAUGGAGUGCUUGUUUAGUUCGGCUCGAGGUCCCUGGAGUAAGUUUGUUCUCCCAAGCGGGGUGCAGGUACAGGACGGCGAAGUCAAUCGGGCGAAGGUGGAACUGAAGUGGAUGGGCGACAUGGACACGUUCCGGCUGUAUGCCGGCUUAGCUGUUAAACUGGAGUCGGAUGGUCACAAGGCUUUGGUGCAGGCCUUCCGCGAAAGCAACAAAGGUGUCCAGCCCUUCAGCAUCAAUGGCUCGCUGCCGCUUGUGAAGAUGAUGCAGAAGGCUGGCUUCGACAUACAGAUGUGUGGCUUUGGGAAGAUGUCCGUCUACCAUGGCGUCAACGAGUGCCCAUCGGGUGGUUCGGCAAAGGGCUUCGCAAGAGUCGAGGGACCUCGCUAA